AUUACUUACAAAGAUGGCGGAUGUAAUAAUUCCCGCCCCAUUCUGAUUGGUUGCUAAGCUGAAGGGCACAUUUACGAAAUUGAGUUGCGUUUAAUUGCAGCCAUCAAACAGACACGCAACAAACCCACUACACUUGAAGUACGCAAUGACCGCCUCUUGUAAGGCCGAUCAAGGUCAUUGGAACGAAACGGCGGGCGGCAUUGAAAGGGUUUGACUUUUUUAACGUGCAUCGUAUGUCUGUGUUCACGUUUCUAUCUCGUUCCCUUCCCCCGUUAAUUAACAUACCUGGAGUAACGUCUACUCUUUGUAUCAGCCAAAAGGUUUUUUGUUCGAUACUUCCGACUAAAAUGUAGCUUCUGCGGUUGUAUGGUCUCAUCUUUUCUGACUCCACCGGUGUGUAUGCAUUUGGACCGGAAGUACUGCGAUCUCUGCGAAAGCUGGAAAGUUUAGUUGACAAUAACAUGCUACAGCUAGGAGCUCAGCGUGUUUUGCUCCCAACUUUAGGUCCGAGACACAUCUGGGAAAAGUCUGGUCGAUGGUCUACCAUGCAGAGUAGCUUAUUCAGAGUCAAAGACAGAUUAUCUCAUGAGUAUUGUUUACAGCCAACCCAUGAAGAAUGUAUAACCAAUUUCAUUGCCUGUCUAAAUUUGUCGUACAAGUCCCUCCCCGUUUUGAUGUAUCAGAUAACCAGCAAAUUUCGAGAUGAGCCCCACCCGAAACAUGGUCUAGUCAGGGGUCGUGAGUUUGUAAUGCAAGACCUUUACACAUUUGAUGCUUCUGUCGAGACAGCUGAGGAAACGUAUAGACGUGUGAAGACUGCAUAUUCUGACUUGUUGGUUAACCUUGGGUUACCGUACCUAGUUGCAUCUGCAGAUCCAGGAAAUGUUGGUGGUCUUAUUUCAGAGGAAUUUCACGUCCAAGCUGAUGUAGGAGAAGACCGAAUAUUAGCGUGUUCGAAAUGCUCCCUGAAAUUCAAUUCAGAACUUAAAGUUGCCAGCUCAUUGUGUUCUUUACAAUCUUGCCCAAAAGUAUUCAAUGAAGUUCAAGGUAUAGAAGUCGCCCACUGUUUCCUAUUGGGUGAACGAUAUUCAAAGUGCUUUGAUGCCACUUAUCAAUCCCCUUCAGGCUCAAAACUUAUGUUCAUGGGGUGCUAUGGUCUUGGAAUAUCACGUUUACUUGCCGUCUGCAUCGAACACUUGACAAGAGUUGCAUUUCCUGACAAAUCUAAAGAUCAGAUCACACAGCUUCGAUGGCCUGUCCGAAUCGCACCAUACAGCGGAUCAAUAGUUCUACAGAAGGUAGUUGGUUUAUACUUUGAGUAAUAUGGGAACUUUUAAAUAUGGAUUCUAACGACUAAGAGGUUCAGUUCUCGUAAUGUUGUAUUACUACUGCUGCUACUACUACUACAUGUUUUUGUAAUAAGCUGGUCACAAAGCAAGUAUGUCUUCUGUACACACCUAUUAAAGUGAUGUCAACACCUGAUUACGCAGUAAGUACAUAUGACUGAGAUCACGGUAUGAAUGCUAGCUUUUUUUCCGAAGCAUCACAAGGGUUAGAUCGUUAUAAAUAAGUACUUCACUAAACUUUAUCCACAAGUGGCUGUAAGAAUGUCCUGUUUAUAAAACACCAACAAACUAACUUUCAGUUACAAUUAUGACGUUUUUCUAUUUAUCUGAAGGAAACGGCCAAGGAUAGUGUGAAUCCAGAUGAGCUGAAAUAUAUCCUCGAUACCAUUCAAAGUGAUUCCAUCAACUUCAAGUUACUUGGUGACAUUUUGGUGGAUGAUCGCAAAGAAUUAAGCUUGGGUAGAAAAAUUCUGGAUCAAAGCCGCUUGGGAAUACCAUGGAUACUUAUUGUAAAGAGUCAGAGAGAUGGUACAUAUGAAUUGAUUGAUGUUUAUAAAGACAGAUCAUGUGUAGCUACUUUAGAACAAGCCAGGUCUGCAUUCAGUAACCCUGCAGUAUUUGAUGCAUCAUCUCUCCCUUCAUGGGAUCACCGACAGAAUGAGCGCAAUAUAAAUGGAAACAAACUCAUUUAACUUGGUAAGCGCAUACAAAACAAGUAAUUUAAAGUUAAAAACUGUAAUAUAAUUUUAAACUAAAGAAAUAUGUACAAUAAAAACUUGUUUGAUAAUCCA